AUGACUUUUACCUUGACAUCAUCAUUAAUUAGACGAUGCUUUACAACAGCUCCAAUACGAACAAUUAUUGAUGUUCGCAAAGCUCUGGAACAUCAUAUAUUGCUUAUUAAAAGAAAUGAUCCAGCAAAAAGUAGGGUGAAGAAGUUCCAAAGCCGUAUGAUGGAUGAUAGCCGUGAUCAGGUGUUAAUACCAUUAAAAAGUUCAAGUAAAGAAUUUACUACUAAAUAUAUCAACUGGCGUAAUAAUGUACGUUUUGGCAUGCUCCUGGAAGAUCUCGAUACAUUUGCUGUUUGGUUAGCUUAUCGACACAAUCAAGGAGAGAUUCAUUUACAAAAUUCGGAAGAUUUUGAACCAAUAACAUUCGUCACGGCAUGUGUCGAUCAUAUCAGAAUGGAUGAUCAAUAUGAUAUUGUAGUUGACGAAGAUAUUUGUAUGGAUGGUUUUGUAAGUUGGGUAGGCAGAUCGAGUCUUGAGACUUCAAUGCAACUUUCUCAAAAUGUCAAUGGUGUAACGAAGAAAUUCUUACAAACAAAAUUUGUAAUUGUUGCACGUGAUGUGGAAGGUAAAAAAUCGCUACCCAAUGUUCCAUUGGUAGUUACAAAUGCUAAAGAGGAAGUGAUUUUUAAUGAAGGAAAAGAGGGUCAAAGAUUACGCAAAUUGAAUGAAGAAUGCUCGUUACUGAAUGCACCACCUAAUGAAAGCGAAAUUAAAGUACUGCACGAUAUUUUUAAAAAAAAUAUCGGCUCUGGGUAA